AUGGCAAAGGAUAAGAAGAAAGAUGGCAAGAAGGCAGAAAAAUCUUCACGCCCUUCUAUUCCUUCACAAGAAAUUACAGCUGAGAGUAGUGCUACAAAGCUGACAAGUGUGCUGACCUUGGUGAAUGAAGAAGAAACAGGAGCAAGUCCAGUGAUACAGGAUAAGGAACCAGAGGAGGCAGAGGAACCGCCAGUCCCAGAUGUUCCUCAAUACUACGAGGAGCCUAUUCUUACUCAACUUAUUGUAAAAAGCUAUGAAGGUGAAAAAGUCCAUGGAUUAUAUGAAGGUAAAGGAUUUGCAUGUUUUGAGGGAGGAAAUACAUACAAGGGCAUGUUUUCUGAAGGCCUUAUGCAUGGACAAGGGACUUACACGUGGGCUGAUGGAGUGACGUAUGAGGGAACAUUUGUUAAGAAUGUGCCGAUGUUUAAUGGCCAUUAUACGUGGAAUGAUGGCAGCAUUUAUGAAGGAUCAAUUAAGGAUGGAGUUAGGCAUGGAUUUGGAUUUUUCAGGAGCGGUACUCGUCCUAUUUCUUACAUUGGCUAUUGGUGUAAAGGCAAAAGACAUGGAAAGGGUACCAUUUAUUAUGACCAGGAACAUACCUCUUGGUAUUCAGGUGACUGGGUAAAUGAUGCCAAAGAAGGAUGGGGAACGAGAUGCUAUAAGUCUGGAAAUAUCUAUGAAGGUCAGUGGGAGAAAAACAUACGUCAUGGAAAAGGAAGAAUGAGAUGGUUGACAGCUAAUCAAGAGUAUAUGGGACAGUGGGUGCAUGGCAUCCAGCAUGGGUAUGGCAUCCACAUCUGGUUUUUGAAGAGAAUGCCUGCGUCUCAGUAUCCUUUAAGGAAUGAAUACAUAGGUGAUUUUGUAAAUGGGAAACGACAUGGACACGGGAAGUUCAUAUAUGCCAGUGGAGCAGUGUAUGAUGGUGAAUGGGUUUGUAACAAGAAGCAUGGCAAGGGCAAGUUUGUCUUCAAGAAUGGUCGUGUUUAUGAAGGAGAGUUCAUAGAUGAUAACAUGGUGGAAUAUCCUGCUUUUCUAGUGAAUGCAAUGAAUGUGAAAGGGCUGAAUUCCAUUUGCACAGAAAGUCAUUUUGACACUGAAAACACCACAAUCAUCAGUGGCUCAGAAGAUACUUCUAUUCUGGAAUUCAGUACUGAGUUGGAUAUAUCUUUACUGCUUGACUUGUUGCCAAAGGAAGAGAGAUGGGAAGAACUGAAACAAGUAGAAUUUGCUGUGUUGAGGCAUAUUACGGAACUGAGAAGAAUUUACACCUUCUACAGUAGCUUAGGCUGUGAUCAUUCUUUUGACAACACCUUCCUUAUGACGAAGCUCCAAUUUUGGAGAUUUCUGAAGGACUGCCAGUUUCAUCACUCCAACAUAAGUCUUGCUGAAAUGGAUCGGAUAUUGAGCGGUGAGAAAACACCAGUUGAGGAGAUACAUUGUCCACAUGAGACUUUACUGUUCAGAACGUUUUUAUCAUACCUUAUUCGCCUAGCAUUUCAUAUCUAUCGUGAAGAACACAAAGAGAACAGUCCUUAUCUGAGUAAGUGUUUCUUACAAAUGAUGUCCAGGAACGUUAUUCCCUCUGCCUGUUAUGUCCAAGGUAUCUUAUUUUCUGAAGAAAGAUGUACAGUUUUGGUCAUGAACAGCUACAUUGGCAAGUGCUGGGAAAUAUACAGAGCCUUUUGUAGGCCAAGUACCAGACCUCCAUUUGAGCUCACGAUGAAAAUGAGGCACUUCCUUUGGAUGUUGAAUGAUUUUAAACUUCUCAGCAAACAAUUAACUCCUUCAAGACUUGUGGAAAUACUUGUCAAAGGUGGUCCCUCUGUGCCUGGUAGCAGUAAUACCAACCUGGAGCUGGAGUUAGUUUUUCUGGAGUUUGUUGAAGCAAUUCUUGCCUGUGCGUUGGUGUAUGUUACCAGUGAUAUGAUUAAGGAGCAAGAAGCUCAUGAGAAUGAGAGCAGAAGUACCUUUAGAACAGAUGUUCUCUCCAAGAAAACCACAUAUGUAUCUGUGUUCCCAGACUAUUCUCUAUCCCAGAGACUUUCUGAAGACACAGAGCAUCCUCUUCAGGAAUUGCUACUGGUACCAGAUACUACCCUUUCAUUUCACACAACUCAUGGAGAUACCAUUGUUCCAUCAAUAGUUCCAUCAUCGUUGAGCUGGGAUGCAGAAGAAGAACAAAAUAUGUGUCCAACAAAGGAAUUGACAGGUGAAUCGCAAGUAGCCAGAACUGAACCAGAUGAGCUUAGUCUGUUGGUGCAUCAGGUGCAGAUCUUCUUUACAACUAAGCUCUUUCCUGCUUACCAGCAUGAGAAAGUGCUGUGGGAAAAAAUGAAAGAAAAUCGAAUACGAGAUGCUGAAUUAGCUGAGCUGAGAAAGAUCAAGGAUGAGGAGCUGGCAAAAAUUAUUGCUGGCAGAGAAGAGGCAAAAAAGCAAGAAGCAGCUGCAGCACCAAAACCAUCUGACCCCAAGAGCUCAGAUUUUAAGGAGUCAGAGGAGCCUGGCGCAACAUUAGCACCUGCUUUGAAGGAAGAGGCACCCAGAGCAGCAUCCCCAGUUGCCAAGAUGCCUGCUGGCAAAAAGAGAAGGAAGAAAUAA